AUGGAUAUCUACUCAACAGAUGCUAUACUAGAGUUCCCAGACGCCGAACACUCACCCAGGAGUACGAUCUUACACCUUAGGGAAAGCGGACUCCAGCCCCAGGAAUCACCUUGUCAUCCUACUGAUCUUCUUUGGGAACCAAGCUUGAUCAUUACGGACGCUUCUAGCUUCCGAGUGCGGGUUGGGGCACCAUGGCCUUUGCGUCCGUCUACCGUUAUUCCAGGACCUCUUGCAUCGCUUCCUACCAAAUUAGACAUUCUUGUCAUGAUGCAGACUACAGUACUAUCCGAAAAUCCAACAGAUAUUGUGCGCUCUAAUGUGACCACCCUCUAUGAAGACACUGACCGAUUUCCAUCCGCCGAGUUGGUCGUUAUGAGUAAGACCGAUCCCUCUUUGGAAAGGAUAUUCGACUCAUACCAACCGGAAGAUAGUUAUAUUGAAGCCGCCGUAGUGGGUCCUGGUGAUCCUGAGCCGCGAGUGCUUAUCUCACUUGGGAAUCCGGUAGAUUUAUUGAGGGAAUUUGUGAAUCUUAUCUUAAGCAGUCACUUACAGAUAGCAGCAAGGGUGAACGACCCAACAGACAGCUCAUAUGCUAUUGUGGUCAAGGCAAGUGAAGGCUCUGCGGUUUCACAUUGCUCAAAAUUCUCCACUGAAUACAUGAGUGUAGAGGAGUUCCGUACCACCUACCCCGCUUCUUGA